AAUGGCAACCAUAAUAUGGACUCUAACAAUAGACCUAUUCAGCUACAAAAAGGGCCUGAAGACGGAAAGCUGGAAAAAGGAAAUGCCAAAGAUAAAAAAAAUGAAAAAGAUAACAUGGUGACUGGAGAUGGUUGGAUUACUGAGACACUGGGAGAAGAAACUGUACAACAAGGAAAAGAUAACAUGGUGACUGGAGAUGAUUUGAUUACUGGGACACUGGGAGAAGAAACUGUACAACAAGGAAAAGAUAACAUGGUGACUGGAGAUGAUUUGAUUACUGGGACACCGGGAGAAGAAACUGAACAACAAGGAAAAGAUAACAUGGUGACUGGAGAUGAUUCGAUUACUGGGGCACCGGGAGAAGAAACUGUACGACAAGGAAAAGGGAAGCCGAGGGAUGAAGGGCAAUCGGCUGCUGGGCUUCAUGAAAGCGGGACGAUGGUACCAUAUAUAGAGAAAGCACUCAAGGGUAGCGAAUCCGCCCAGGAUCACUUUGUAUAUGUCUGGAACAAAUUCAUCAAGAAUGCCAAGGCCAAACACAUCGUGAUUGUUGCACAUAGUUUGGGUGGAGAAGUAGUUCUUCAUGGCCUUAGAGAAAUUGAUGAAGCAAUGAGGCGGAUCAAGGCAGUGGCAUUCACUCACUCUACACACACCACCAUCAAGGAAUCAACAAAAAUCAAAAGAUGGCUCAAAGAGAAAACAAGAAAUUGGGUGUGUUCUGAAGAACCACUAGACACACCGGUGAAGAUCAACUGUAAAGAUGACUGUGACCAAGUGUCUGCAGGAACGAAUAAACAUACCAUGACGUCUCAUUUUGCCAAAGAUUCGGUCUUCAAUUUUUUCGAAGAAAAACUAAGUGCUGCAGCAGCAGAAGAUGAUUCUAGCUUCAUUAAACCUACGCAGUUCAGCUUCAUAUCAAAGCAGCAUCGGCCGCAUGAACUAGAAUUGGUAUAUAAGAUGACCAGUAGCCCUAAAGGACUUGCCGUGAUUGUCAACAUGAACAAAUUUCAAUCUAAAACAGAAGUUGGCGACAGGAAAGGCUCAGAAAUAGAUGAACAGGGGCUUGUAAAAUUAUUUGAAGAGCUUGACUUUAGAACCAAAACGCUCGUUGACCUCACUAAAGAAGAACUCUUGAGUGAAUUCCAAGACAUUACCAAGUACCAUUUCGGAGCCUACGACUGCUUAAUUGUCUGCAUCAUGAGUCACGGGRAUGAAGACUAUUUCGURGCCUGCGAYGGAGRAAAGAUCAAAAYCCAAAGCAUCCRWRARAUGUUUAAUAACAAAAACUGCGAGUCACUUUGCGGAAAACCCAAGCUUUUUUUUAUCAACACCUGUCGAGGAGAACUCAAAGAUCCUGGAACAGUAGUCAAGGAAAGUGGGUCCAAAUYRUCUGUAAAAYCUCAACCCUCGCMAGAGCCAAAAGCCUACAYUGCUGUCGAGAAUUGUGGUAGGAAAACUACGGCAGAAAAUGCGGAUAUGCUCGCUGCAUUCUCCACCGUUGAGGGGUACUGCUCUUAUCGUCAUGAAGAGGAAGGGAGCUGGUUUAUUAGAAGCUUGAUAGAGGUUUUCAGAGAAUAUGCUGGUGUGGAGGAUGUGACGGACAUGCUGAUUCGAGUGAAUAAAGAAGUGAAUUCUAAAGGAAGUCUGGGGAGAAAGCAAGUGCCAGAGCCAAGAAAUACUUUGACUAAAAAAGUAUUUUUUUGGCCAGGAAUGAAAUUUGAAUAUUGCUGAAAUUUGAACAGUGUUGUCGUGUUGCUCCAUUCAUUCUUCUUAGAACUCUCUAACGUCCUGUAGGACUGACGGCGCUUCGUCAAAGAAAAGGGGAAAAGUCCUACGAAGACAGGUGUAAGCAAUUGGGGUGCG